UUGAUGAGCUUCUCACUAAUUUUAAACAAGCGACCAAUCACUGAUUUUAAAAAGUUUGAUUCAAAUAUAUUACCAAUCAAGAACUACUGGACUGGACUGGACUGGAUUCCUUCAUUCUGUCAAUACGACGUCGUUUAGUAGUUGCAUGAGGAUUGAGGUUGAGGAUGAUGAAGAACAAGAAAAAAGCAGGGUUAGGGUACGCCUGGGAAGUAUCAGCUGGGCUCAACGCUGCCUUAGCUGCCAUAUCCGCCAAGCUUUUUACCUCUGAGAUUAUCAGAUAUGGUUUGGUACUACUCUUCAACCUCACAAUGUGGGCAUCUUAUGUCAACAGCCUUAGAUCCCUCUCUUCUCUUCAAACUACAUUCACCAAUUUCGCUACCAACUUCCUCACAUCUGGCCUUGCCGGGUACUUUUUGUUUGAAGAGCCAUUGUCAAUUCAGUGGUUUUCUGGUGCUUUGCUUAUCGUAGUUGGGGUUCUCAUCCUUAGUAAAUCAAGUAUUCACAACAACAAGGCCUUGAAGACAGAGUAAAGCUAAGCUAAGUGUACAUCUCUUUCUUUCUUUCUUUUCUAAACUGAAUUUUACAAAAUAAAUUAUGUUAUUUUGUGGUUAUGGUCGAUUAAGACUUUUGUGAUUAUAUGCUUUUACAAAAUUGUAGUAAACAAGUAAUGAAUGGUGGUGUUAGCUAUUGUUCUGCUAUUUCUGUAUGCUUAUCAUUAGAAGUUUUAAGAGAGAAACGAGUUCAAUGAAGGGUUCUUCAUUGCAGGGUAUUGUGAGAGUUCCCAUUGGAUGAGCUUUUAAUACGUCCUUGACUUAAUGAUCAUUUAACCACUAAUUCAUAAUUGUAAACAAGACACAUAAAUAGGCUUUUUGUUUUACUCAUGCAAGCUGAGAAUAUAUGAGGAAAAAAUAAAUUCUACACAUAAUUCUGGAAAGAAAAAGUUAAGUUGUAUCAUUUAUAUCACUCUUGGAGACUUUACUUUUGGUCUCCAAGGAAAAAAUUGUACAUGGUAUUGGCAAUUACGCCUUUAAAAAAUUGUAGUAAUCAUUGGUAUUGUUAGCAGUUGUUCUACUAUUUCUAUCUACUCAUUGUUAAAUGCUUAAGCGAGAAACAAGUUCGAUAAAGGCAUCUUCAUUGCAGGGAAUCGUGAGAGCUCCCAUUGGAUGAUCAAAUCCAAACUCUUGUUCAGCUUGAUUUAGCAAGUCUUGGAAUGAUGGCUGGUUCAAGAAUGAUACAGGGAUAACAAAUCUCUUCAUUCUCUUCUCCCCAACAUAUACUGCCAAGUACCCUUUUGGAACAUCUUUUGUACUUGAAAAAGGCUUUUGAAUGAGUUGCUUGGCAUGAACUAAGCUAGCAAAGUGAAAACCCAUUGUUGUAAAAUUCUUCAAAGAAAGAAAAAGAUCACAGAGAAGAAAGAAAAGUUUGAUAGUUUAGAAUGUGAAGGCUUGUGGU